AUGAAUUUAAAUUUAAAUUCGACGCCUUCGCCUUUCCCGGUGACGCAACACCAAAUUACCGGAGGCGAUAAUAUUGUUCCGCCUUUCAGCCCGAAUGAUCCUUCUCUGUUUUCCGUCUCAUGUCGUAUUUUCUUGAAUUCGACUAAGGAUCACCGUAUGGGAUACGAUCAUCACGAUGAUCACACGGAAUUAUACCGGCCUCAACAAAUUUCGAAUGGAAACCUUGGUGGAUCAAUAUAUGAGAACAAGAACAAUAGAGUUGAUCAAAGUGGGCUCAAAUUAACCCUAUGGCAGAAAGAAGAUCACAAAGAAGACGUUGACAAUCGUCCCGUGAAGUGGAUGUCAUCAAAAAUGAGAGCAACACACAAGAUCAAGAACAACUCGGGUCGACUAACUCUAAAGAUAACCAAAAACAAGCUCGAGAAUCAAAUAACCUCAUCUUUCCAAAGUGAUAAAUCGAGUUGCACCGGCUCCUACAUGACCGAGAGCAGUCCGGUUAGGGUUUGUUUCGAUUGCAACACCACCAAGACCCCUCUUUGGAGAAGUGGUCCCAAAGGACCUAAGUCCCUUUGUAAUGCAUGUGGAAUUAGGCAAAGGAAGGCGAGGCGGGCUAUGGCGGCGGCGGCAGCAGCUGCCGCUGCCAAUGGGACCGCCUUUGCCGCCAGCGAUCAUGAGAAUCCGGUGAAAAUGAAGAUCAAAGUGAAGUACAAAGGGAAAAACGCGCACUCAAAGAAAAGGUGCAACAUAGCGACUAGUGAAGCCGGGUCGCAAUCUGACAGCCAGAAAAAGAUAGGGUUCGAGGAUUUCUUGAUUAGUCUAAGCAAGAACUUGUCUUAUCACCAUGUUUUUCCCGAGGACGAGAAGGAUGCUGCUAUCUUGCUCAUUGCUCUAUCUUCCGGACUUGUUCACGGUUGA